AUGUCGAAUCUUACAAAACUUGAAUUUGUGCCCCUUGAUAUUACUGGAAAGAACUAUUUGUCUUGGGUGUCAGAUGCUGAAAUUCACUUAGAUGCAAAAGACCUUGGUGAAACAAUCAAACAAGGAAAUAAAGCAACAAGUCAAAACAAAGCUAAGGCUAUGAUAUUUCUUCGCCAUCACCUCCAUGAGACACAAUACCGUGAAAAGGGAUUUAAGAAAUAUUUUGAACUUGUAUCUUGUCUCCUUGUGGCUGAGCAAAAUAACGAGUUAUUGAUGAAAAAUCAUAAAUCACGUCCAACUGGUUCUACUCCAUUCCCUAAAGCGAAUGUGACAUCCCAUAAUGGGAAAGAAAAAUAUCAUGCCAACAAUAGUGGUCGAGGACGUGGUCAAGGACGUGGACGUGAACGUGGAUAUAGAUAUGGUCGAGGCCGAGGCCGAUGUGGUUCUUUCAAGAACUCGUAUCCACACCAGAAGUAG